GCAUGUGAAGAAGUGUGGAAUCAUGUGGGUGUACAGAGAGGUUGAGAUCCCAGGAAUGGAAACAAAACCCCAAAUAUGGGGUCAUAUAAUCCACCACUCUCAUCCACUUUGAAAUUUGAACCCAUUUUUCAUUCUUCUUCUUCUUCUAUUGUUGUCUCUCUUCUUCUGUUCUUUGUAAUCCUAUUUUAUAAUUUUUUUUUUGCCCUUAUCCUUGUUCCUGUAUUUCUGGAGCUUAUGGGGAUUCGUUCUAUUGUUGCUCCUCCUCCAGGUCUUACUGUGCAGCAGCAGCAUCAUCAUCACCUGAACUCAAAUCCUCAAAACCACCACACUUUUCGAGCAUUGGAUAUCUCCCUCAUCGUAGUCAUUCCCAUUAUCAUCUCACUUCUCUUGCUUGUUGCUGUGAUUAUCCUCAUUGCACUUCUCCGGAGGCUCAAGUCCACCAAAACCACUGCCCAUGGCAAUCCCACAACCAGCAGCAGCAGCAGAAGCAACAAUUACAACAACAACAACAACAACAAGAAUCUUCCCCAGGUCGCUCUUCGCACUUCCUUAGACCUCGGUGCUAGCCCUGAGGUGAAGCGUGGUUGCCUUCAAGGAGCGAAUUCAAGUCUUCUACCUUCAGGAAAACUCAAAGGGAGAGGGAUUCAAGUUUUCACCUACAAAGAGCUUGAAUUGGCCACAGAAGGAUUUAAAGAAGCGAAUGUGAUAGGAAGUGGAGCUUAUGGAGUUGUUUACAGAGCAACACUGAGUGAUGGAACUGUGGCAGCAAUCAAGAUGCUCCGCAAGGAAGCCAGAAGAGGAGAGCGUGGGUUCAGAACUGAGGUGGACUUACUAAGCCGGUGGCGUUCUCCAUACUUGGUGGAGAUGCUUGGCUAUUGUGCAGACCAGAACCACCGGCUUCUCAUCUUUGAAUUCAUGCCCAAUGGUAGUCUGCAAAACCACAUCCAUCCAACAGGAAGCCAACAUCAGCCAUUGAAUUGGGGGACCCGACUGAAGAUUGCUCUCGAUUGCGCAAGAGCUCUAGAGUUCCUCCAUGAGCAUGCAAUACCAGCUGUCAUCCACCGGAACUUCAAAUGCAGCAAUGUUCUGUUGGAUCAUAACUUCAGGGCCAGGGCUUCCAAUUUCGGAUUGGCCAAGAUGGGUCCAGACAAGAUCAGCGGUCAGUUACCGACGGCGUUGGGGGCUGCAGGCUACAUGGCACCUGAAUAUGCUUCAAUGGGUAAGCUAACAACAAAAUCAGAUGUUUACAGUUAUGGGGUGGUUCUCCUCGAGCUUCUAACAGGCCGCACCCCAGUUGAUACAGAUCGGCUUCCUGGGGAACAUUUUCUAGUCACCUGGGCUCUUCCGAGGUUGACCAACAGGGAGAAAGUCAUUCAAAUGGUUGAUCCAGCUCUACACGGACAGUAUUCAAAGAAGGAACUGGUUCAGGUAGCUGCAAUUGCUGCUGUCUGUGUGCAACCAGAAGCUGAUUACCGACCUCUAAUGGCUGAUGUUGUGCAGUCUCUAAUUCCUCUGGUUAAGAGCCUCUCUUCUACUAAUCCUUCAACCUCUUCCAGAUUUUACAGCCAAAUAUUAAGCCCCAGAUGUUGAUUCAAAAAGUAUGUAAGCAAUGGCAACAUCAAAGAUCAAUGCUUUCAUUUUCUGCAGAUAUUCUUUCAGAACAUUAUUUUGAGCCCUAUAAAAAAUAUUGUCAGAAAUAUUUGGGCCUGAACCACCAAGAUAAUACUUGUCAAGGGAAGCUGAUACAAAUGAUCCAAGUCUUAAGGUAAUGUGUGCUGUGCUAGGUCCUGGUAGCUAAGCUCUCGCUAAUAAUUAUGGGGUGGGUAUCCUGCAUAAUUGAAUGUACAGCUGAGCAGUUCAGAUAUAAGAAUGUAAGAAGGACUUUAUUUACUUACAUUGAGAGUUCACUAGUUUGUCUUACCCGCUUAGAUACUUUGCGAAACUGUAAUAAUUUCUUCAUAUAAUUACAUCAGUAGUUCAGGGUUUGAUUUACCAUGUAGUCAAAUAAGUUCUGAUACUGACCAGUUUAUCUACAGAUAAACCAUUUUGUUUU